AUGAACUUUAAAUCUGUUGCAGCUCUAUUGGACGGCGUGCACACUGAUUUCACCGUUUCGGUGUUCGAGGACAUUAUUUUCAUCGUCAUCACUCAGAACUCAAAACUGGGAACCUUGUACCUGUUCAAGCCAGAGUGUUUAUCAUCGAAAGACCAAGGAUAUGAUAUAAAAGCGUUAUUUGGUCGUGAAGAUGAUAACUUAACAUCACACAUUGUAAGUUUAAUGCUCGCACUGAACGUUGAUCGCAGAGCUAUUGUUUCGCUUAUGCUUAGCAAUACCAGCUUUAGGACCAUUAGGGCUAUUCAAGAAGUGUUAUCGUCCAUGAUUUGA